AUGGGGUUUUCGAGCGCGAAGAAUGAGUCGCCGCGAUCUUCGAGGUCGCGCUUCUCUUCCUCUGACGACGGCCUCUUAUCUCCCGAUAGCUUCCUGGGACAUUAUCCUUGGCCAAGCACCAGCACCGUCGCCCAUAAACAAUAUGAGACGCGUCAUAUGCCAGAUGAUGCUGAAAAAGCAAAGCAAAUUGAAGCCUUCUAUCGCGAUCUUGUCUGGUCACAGCCUUCAAGAGCAAAGGAUGCGCUGAGAACACAGCAGGGUCCCCGAGCCCCCCAAACUUGUGAAUGGAUCAUGGACGUCCCAGAGUUCAAGAACUGGCUGGCACCAGAAUCAGAAAACAAGCACGUUUUGUGGCUUUCCGGCAACUACGGAAGAGGGAAAUCCACCAUGGCUGUCUACCUCGCUGAGAAGCUCACAAGCAAGUUCGCCGCUGAUAACGCCAACACUUGCGCCUACUUCUUCUGCGACUCAAAGGAUCCGCGGAGAAACACCGUGCAGGGAAUUCUACGAGGAGUGCUCUCUCAGCUCUUCCAGAACCAUCCCCAUUUCCUCAGCGACAGGAUCCGCAGAAGACAUGUUUACCGCGGCUCCCGUGUGUUUGAGAAGCCAGAAGCGCUGUGGAAUUUAUUAGUUGAAGUCGCCUUUAGGUCUGACCGUCGCAUCUUCUGUGUUAUCGACGGACUGGACGAGUGUGACGCGCAUUCUCGAACUGUUCUCUUGGAGCUGAUCGAGCAGACUUUCCACGGGUCGAAACCCUCUGCGAACCUCAGCCUUCUCGUUCUAAGUAGGCCGAGUUCAAAGAUUUACGAAUACUUGGGCGAAUUCGUUCACCAAGAUCUCGACUCAUUUUCUCAAUCAAAGAACGAUGUUGCGAUCUUCAUCGACCAGCGCGUGCGACAUAUCGCAAUGAAGCGAGGCUACUCAAGCACAAACGCUACCCAGGUGAAGCGAGUUUUCCAAGCAAAGUGCGAGUACAACUUCCACUGGGUGCGUCUAGCCAGCGAGAACAUCUGCAAGCUACGCCCGGAGGAUGCUAUCAAGUACCUCAAGGGAUUGCCCAACGGAUCCGAAAUGCCUGCCUGCAACGCAUCGGUCAAUCAGAAACGAGACAACCUUGAGCAUAUCGGCUUUGGUUACACCGAUGAAGAUAGAGAAAAGCACCAUGCGCGUCUCAAGUCUCCGUUCGUCAGUGCGAUACUGACUGGAAGAGUUGAGAUGCUGGCGUUUCUCCUCAGCCAAGGUACGCCCUUGACGCCAUACACUAUACGAGCAGCAGCAAGAUGGGGCUGUUCCGCAAUGCUUCAGACAAUCAUGACACUUCGACGGGAUGAGAUUUCGCGCGACCAGGACCUUUCCUGCUCUGCAGCGGAGUGUGCGAGCGCAGAGCUGAUAAAAAUUAUUUUCACCAAUCCUAACUUUAGAUGGAGUGAUGCAGCCAUGACUGGAGCGAUAAGAAACGAGCAACAUGGACUCAAGAUCCUUGAAUUGCUAUUUCAACUACAUGGCAGCGAAAUUGAACUCGACGAGUGGAUGAUGGGAAAUAUUGCUGGCAUAUGUCACCCAAGAGUUAUGGAUUACCUACUCACCGAGCAUGGAGCACGAAUUGAGAUCAACACAACCGUGGCUGAGAAGGCCAUUGAGAACCGACAAGGCCCAGCUAUGCUUAGAGUUCUUCUGAAACAUCGACCACACGAGGGCUUUGUGGACGAGGAACUCAUGACGCUCGCUUUGGCCAAUACUCGAUGUCGACCAGACUUCAUGGCCAUCUUUAUCGAAAUGCCAAGGACCGAAGUCCAGUUCACAAAAGAAGUUGUGUUAGCGACAAUCGCUUCACCGCAACAAAACACAGACGACUGGGCACCUGAAGUUCUUGAAAUGCUCCUCGCACACCGGGCCGCCGAUAUUGACAUCGACGAAGAGAUUGUUAUGGAAACCCUGCUAGAACUUGGAUACCCCGGCGUACAAGUUCUCUUGGAGCAUAAAGAAGAGAGCGUGAGGGUGACUCAGGCACUUCUCGACGCUGCAGCAGGUGUCUGCUCAGCGAAGGAGUUCCGAGAGUUAGUGUCGAAGGCUGAGGAUGAUUUCCAGAUCACGCAGGAUAUGCUCAUCAACACAACGCUCAACGCGCGACAUGGUGAUAGAGUUCUACCUGUGAUGCUGGGAUACCUGAAAGGCUCUCUCAACAUCGGCCAAGAAGCCCUCGAAGCAUUCCUCAAGGUGGGACAUAUCGGCUUCAAGAGUUUGCUCAUCCUGUUGUUGAGAGACCGCGGCUGCAGAGUCAACGUUACUAGAGGCGCUCUGCGUUCAUGGAUCCGGGACGAGCAGAUAUGCCGAGGAAGCUUGGCAUUUCUACUUGUCGCGCUUCACUCUGGAUGGUGCAAGCUGGUCGAAGACAUGUCUGGUUCGAGGUGUGAGAGGCUGGCAGCCCUUAUUAAGCAUUAUGCCGAGUUGGAGGAUGUGCGACGCACGUUUGUGGAAGCGAUGGAGCGGUCAAAGAAAGAGAUGCGUGCGGCUUGA